AUGAGGGUUGUGGUCCUGUGGGGCCUUCUGCAUCUGCUGUGUCAAUACACAGCGGUUAGUGGCCACGUUUUGGGAAGGACGUCGUCUGCUGAUGACUUGGCCCAGCUAAAGUCUUUGCUUGAGCGCUUCGAGGAGACUCUGGCAGAAGCAGCGCAAGAGGACACCUCUGAAUCAGACUACACAACGACGAACCAAGAACCGGAACGCACCCAGUCCAACCGAGGAUGGAACGUGGAGCUGGACAGGGACCAAGAACCCGCGACGGCAGAACGAUCCCAACCGGUGGUUGAGAGCCAGAACCGGGCCACGAUUCAGAAGAACCGCCUACUGGACCUGCUGUUGACAGCCAGAAAGAGGGCAUCGGGCUGCUUCGGUGCCAGGAUGGACCGAAUAGGGAACGUUAGCGGUCUGGGCUGCAACACGAGUAGAGUCGUGGACCGCGGUCCGCUGAUUGAGGACCCCGGCUAUCAACUAAUCCGAGUUGGCCACAAUUACUAA